AUGUCUGGCAGUCCUGCUCCCCUAAUUCCCCCCUCAAAGGGCAUCCCAGUGCCCACUGCAGACCCGUCCGUCUGGGACCGGAUAACGACCUGGGCUUCAGAGCAUAAGGCCGUCGUCUACACCAUCGCUGGCGUCACUGUUGUCGUUGCUGGCGCUGGUGUCUUCUACUAUGUCAACAACAGCUCGGCACCCAAGGGCGACUCCACACCUAAGCUCAGCAAGAAGGAGAGGAGGAAAAGAAAAGAAGCCGAGCGAAAGGCAGAGUCUGAGAAGGAGAAGGCGGCCAACACCUCCAAAGAAGCUGUCACAGGGCCGGCGCAACCACCAGUUGCCAGUGUAGAGAGUGCAGAUGAGCUCCCAGAAAUCGACGAGACCACCGUGCAGACCCUGUCUGUAGAGGAGCGUGCGAGAACCGCUACCAAGCUGAAGGAGGCGGGCAAUAAGGCAUAUGGAUCUAAGGACUUCAACAAAGCUAUUGAGCUUUACUCACAAGCGAUCAUAUGCAAACCUGACCCUGUCUUCUACUCCAACCGAGCCGCUUGCUACAAUGCGCUUGCGAACUGGGAAAAGGUUGUGGAGGACACGACAGCAGCGGUCACAUUGGAUCCAGAGUAUGUCAAAGCACUGAACCGCCGAGCCAACGCGUACGAUCACCUGGGCAAGUACAGCGAAUCUCUAUUGGACUACACUGCUAGCUGCAUCAUCGACGGAUUCAAGAACCCAUCAAGCGCCGAAGCUGUCGAGCGACUGCUAAAGAAGUUUGCCGAGUCCAAGGCUAAGGAGAUGAUGGCCACGAAGCCUGCUAAGCUGCCGAGCCCGACCUUCGUCGGCAACUACCUGCAAAGCUUCCGAGUCAAGCCAAGACCAACGGGGCUAGAGGAUUCGAACGAACUGCCUGAGAGCACUGGCAUGGGACAACUACAAGUCGGCCUGCGAGCCCUCGAGGUCAAGACUGGCGAAGGCUACGAGGAGGCCGCAACUGCUUUUGACAAGGCACUGGAAUUGGGCGAUCUCGGCGAAUACGAGGCUUUCGCAUAUAACAUGCGUGGAACGUUCCAGUGUCUCCGAGGCAAGCAUGAGGAUGCUCUACUAGACCUGACGAAGAGCAUUGAGCUCGACCCGGCCAUGACCCAGAGCUACAUCAAGCGAGCUAGCAUGAACCUUGAGCUAGGUGCACCGGAAAAAGCAGAGGAAGAUUUCGAGGCUGCCAUGAAGCAGAACAGCGACGACCCCGAUAUCUACUACCACCGCGCGCAAUUGCACUUCAUCAAGGGUGAAUUCUCGGAAGCCGCCAAGGACUACCAGAAGUCCAUUGACCUAGACCGGGAUUUCAUCUUCUCCCACAUUCAGCUCGGCGUGACUCAGUACAAGAUGGGAUCUAUCGCUUCAUCGAUGGCGACAUUCCGCCGCUGCAUGAAGAACUUUGACAAGGUCCCAGACGUCUACAACUACUACGGUGAGCUCCUGUUGGACCAGGGUAAGUACCAGGAGGCCAUCGAGAAGUUUGAGACUGCAAUCCAGAUGGAGAAGCAGGCGAAGCCGACUAGCAUGAACGUCCUACCUCUCAUCAACAAGUCUCUCGCCAUCUUUCAGUCAAAGCAGGACUUUGCUGAGGCUGAGAAGCUAUGCCAAAAGGCGCUUAUUAUUGACCCUGAGUGUGAUAUUGCUGUUGCCACGAUGGCUCAGCUUCUCCUUCAGCAGGGCAAGGUGACAGAAGCGCUCAAGUACUUUGAGCGCGCGGCAGAACUGGCGCGAACGGAGGGCGAGCUGGUGAACGCACUGUCCUACGCCGAGGCUACCAGGACGCAGAUUCAGGUGCAGGAGAAGUACCCUGCCCUGGCGUCUAAGCUUCAGGGCAUGGGAGGCCCACCUGGCCUUCGAUAG